AUGGUGCGUGCCUAUCAGUGUACCGUUGGGCGCGAUUUUGCAGCUCGCAGAGACAUCCGACCACAGCUGUUCCGGCUCUGGGUAAGUCCUAGAAAGCUGAGCAGGGCCCUGUGCAGGGCCAUAGUUGAAACAAGCCGGCAACAUCAGCGCGAGUUGCCAAAGUGUCGUCGUCUCAAUCGGUGCGGAAGCGUCAUGCAUAUGAAUGGACAGCCGAUGGGCUAUGCUGGACCUCCUUUCGGACAGCCGGCAGGCUACAUGCCUGUAGCUCCAGCUGGGGAUGAGUACGGGCCGCCGCAGCCAAGCUACUUGGGGCCCUCUGAAGGCCAGCCCAGUCCCGGGAUGGAAGGCAGCCCCAGCUCCUCUUACGGAGCAAGUCCUGAUGGCUCGUAUGGAGACAUGAGCUCAGGGAUGGUCGGGGACAUGCACUACCAGCAGUUUACAGAGGGUGCGGGCAAGACGAGUGCCUCCGGAAGUCCCAAGGACAGCCUCCAAAAAGCAGAUCCUGAUUCUGGAGUUGGCCCCAGAAGAUGCACAGAUCUUGUUUGUGUGCUGUUGUUCAUCCUCUAUUUGGUUGCCAUGCUGAUUUUUCUGACUGUGGUCAAGAAUGGAAGCGUUGACGGACGUGCCUAUUCGGAUGUUCGCCGACUGACGCAUGGAAUGGACUUCGAGGCUCGUUUAUGCGGGGUCGACGAUGGUGUGGAGGAGAAGCCCUUCGUGUUUUGGUGUCGAGACGACCCCUCGGAGAGGGAGUUCAACACCACCCCAGCGACGUUGAACCUGAAGCAUCCUGUUUGCAUUCAAGAAUGUCCUCGGCUGUCUGCGGGUUCGCAGCUUGGGCCCAACCAGGUUGAGUGUUUGAUGCGAGCGCAGGGCAACGGGCCGGCAUAUGCCAUCGAGCCCGUGCCGAACAUCCCAGGUGGCCAACUUGGCAGUGUACAGAACUACUUCUUGAUGUUCCGCGAGGAGACUGUGCGCCCACAUGGCUCUCCGGCUCUACACGCACAGAUUGGUGGUCGUAUGGCAGUGAAGAAGAUGUACUCCACAACUUAUGACUCCGAGCUUCUGGCUGGGCGGUACUGUGUGCCGAAGAAUGAAGCCUUGAAGGCAGAAGUGCUCGGAGGGCCAUUGAAUCUGGGUGAGCGUCUGCAGAAAGGCGUCGGAAGCUUUCAGGACUGCUGGACGGUGAUGUUUUGCACUGUCCUCGUGGCCGUAGCUCUCAGUUUCGUCUACACUUGGGUUGUCGUAUCAUUGAAGGAUGCAGGCGUGAACAUCGUCAGCUUCGUCUUGGUACUGGUGCACAUCUUCCUGUUGGUGGUCAGCAUCUUUUGUUUCAUGGCUGUAUCCUCUGGGAAACCUAUCUUCUCCGAAGAGCAGUACAUGGACUACAACCUCUUUUUCCGCCGUUCUUCGCCAAAUCAG